AUGUAACCAUUAUUCAAACAAAGGAAACCAGCUAAUCUGAUCAUCCAAUCCUCUGAAGAGGACAAAAUUGUCUAACAAUAAGUAAAAUUAUUCAUCUACUAUGCAGAUCUAAGAAUUAGACACUUUUGAAGAAUUCUGUAGCAACAUACCAGAUGUUGAAAACCAAGAACUCAAUUUUACUAAGGAAUCCAAAUCCUUUAGUUCUCAACCACUCAAUUUGCAAGAAUCUCAAGAAUUUCAAUACAAUCCAAAAUUUAGUGAUCAAAAAUAAGAUGAAAUUUAAGAGUCUCAUCCUAUACAAUAUAUUGAAUUUGAAGAGUUUCAUCCCCAAAGCAUCAAUUCUGGCUAAUCUGAAUCCAAUUAUUAAAGAAUCGAUUCUCACCCAAGUCCUAAAGACAUUAUGUAAGAGCCUCCAGCUCCUUAAAAUAAGAACUUGACUAAAUUUAGCUUUCCUCAAAAAGGUGGUUGUUUCAGCAGUUGUAACAAAUUCAAAAUUAAAUUGUUUAGUGAAAAAGUAACUUUGCGUUGAAUAACCUAUAACCAUUAAUCAUGGAAAUCAGAGUGAGUUUGAAGAAACACUUGUUAAACAGCAUAACAACUAAACCAUUCCCAAAAGUGUUUAAGAUGAUUUGAUUAAACAAAUUAAGGAAUUAAAUGAUUAGAAAAAUGCUAUUGAAACAUCUUUGUAAACUUAGAUCUAAUCACUUUAAAAUUAAAAUCAAAAAUUAGAAUAAGAAUUACUUCUACAGAAAUAAAAGAAUUGCUCUCUUGUCUAAGAAAAUAUGCUAUUACAAUCCAAAAUUUAAAUUUUAGAAUAAAAAAAAAGCGCUGAUCUAAAUAACAUCACAGACUUUUCCAAUGAUUUGUUACCUCAUAAAUUGUCUAUGAAUGAUAAAUUAGUAUAUUUGUUACAAAAAUUGAACUUAAAAACAUCAGAAAAUGCAAAACUUCAAUAUGAAAUUUUGAAAUUGCAAAAUAACGUAUGUAUCUAUGACAUCUAUUCUAUUAAUAGAUUGAAAUCUUAGAAACGCAAAAGUAUUUGCAAAUCAAUCCAAAUUUACUACUAGACACUCAUAAAUUAUAGCAAAGUCAUUCUCCUCUGCUCCAACCAUAAUCAUAAAAUAGAGGGCAAUCCCUUAGUAAAGACAGUAGAACCAGUCUCUUAAAUUCAUAAAAAUAUCCUCUCAAUUUAUCCCUUAAUUAUGUUUACUAAGGAGAGAGAAGACAAGAAGUCUUUAUCAAUAAUAAGAAUCGAAUUAUAUCUCCUUUGGCUCAUUAUAGUUCAGUUGGUGAAUAACAAUAGCUUUAAUUAACAAACCUCUAAAAGAAUAAAGUUUAUAAGGAGGAUGUGAAUUAUAAUAAUAAAAUGCAGUAAGAUAUUAUUCAUAGAAAUAGCACUAAAAACAGCACUUCAGUUGGGGAAUUAAUAUCGUUUAAAUAGGACUUAACUAACUGUUCGAAUAUGAUCAAUAAAGCUUUAAGAAAAGAAUCCUAUUCUACAUAAUCUCCAGAUGGCAAAGUUACCCAAAAAUUCAAACAAACCUUAAAUUCAAAAAUAGGGACCUAAUAAGAAAACUCAAAGUCUUAUGCUAGUCUCUUAUUUUCUCUCGGGGAAAAGCAGAAAGAUGUAAGACAAAUGUCUCCAAAAGGGGGCAAUAAGAAAUCAAAAUAGUAAUAUCUAAAUUAAGCUAUUGUAGAUUAUUUGGAUUCAUUAUGUAGCCCCAUCCAAAUUCAAGAAAAUAAUCAGAAAUUUUGAAAUCAGAGGAAUCUCAUAAAAUGAGCCAGGAAUAGCUUAAGAUGUCAGAUAAGUAUUGAUAUUUGUAAAAUAGAAAAAAUACAUUACAAACUAGUAUUGACAUAUUUUAAAUAAUGAGGGAUAUGAGAGAUAAAAAAAUUGGGGGUAUAUAUUUAAUUUGAAAUUAGUCUCGACAAAAUAAAGUUCAAAAAAAGGAUAAGCUGCCACAAGUAGAUAAUUGAUCACUGAAAUCAAAAGUAGCAGAACCAAUAAACCAAGUUUUGAUUGA